CACCCCCCAGCCCAGCUGCCGCUCAAAGCGACAGGUGGAGAUCGGAGGGAGGAAGAAGAACUGAGCUGCGGAUCGAGGGAAGGGAACAAGCAAGCAGCCAGAGCCAGGUCGUGGGGAGCCGGCGGCAGUGAUCUUCUUGCGUCGAAGGCGAGGCCGGAGCGUCGGUUUGAGCGCUCGUGCGAUAUGGGGGAGCAGGAGAACAACAAGAUCGGCGGCAGCGGCAACGACAACGCCAUGGCGGUGGACGAAGCGGGCGCGGGCGCGGCCGCGAACAAGGGGAAGAGCCUCGGCGCCGCGGACCCGCGCCUGCAGGCCAUUUCCGACGCCAUCCGCGUCGUCCCCCACUUCCCCAAGCCAGGGAUCAUGUUCAACGACAUCACGGAGCUGCUGCUGCGGCCGGGCGUGUUCAGGGACGCCGUGGACAUGUUCGUCGAGCGCUACCGCGGCAUGGGCAUCGCGGCCGUCGCAGGCAUUGAAGCUAGAGGAUUCAUCUUUGGGCCAGCCAUUGCGCUAGCCAUAGGAGCAAAGUUCAUACCACUACGUAAACCUAAGAAGCUUCCAGGUGAGGUAUUUUCUGAAAGUUAUGUACUUGAGUAUGGGAUGGAUUGUUUGGAGAUGCAUGUUGGAGCUAUUGAACCCGGGGAGCGCGUAGUGGUUGUCGAUGAUUUGGUUGCAACUGGUGGAACUCUUUCUGCUGCAAUAAGACUUCUCGAGCGCGCAGGAGCUAACGUGGUUGAGUGUGCAUGCCUCAUUGGGCUUCCCAAGUUUAAGUUAGCUAAAGGAAAUUGAGGAAGUAUUCCAUCUCGGUCUGAGGGAGGAAAGACGCAAUAGAACAAGGCCAGUGUAAAAAAAAACUAGUCUGCCUGUAACUAUUCCUGUACAUGUGACUGCAGAUUUUUAAUAAAUGAAAUGGUAUCAUCUAGCCGAUAUCUUUUCCUCCUACGAGUAAAACCGAGAGCAACCUCAGCGUGUGUUUGAAAACAAAGUAUUUUAAAAACCAUGGUGUUUUGAGGUAAAGUAUCUCAAACCAUGGUAUUGGUAUGCAUGUGCAAGAAGCUAGUUAUUCACCAAAACUUUGGGUUGGAGCAAAGUUUCAAAUACUUCAAAAAUACAUGCUCAGAGUUUUUUACAAGUAGGCAAACAACCACUGUAUUCUCCAAUAACAUGAUUUUAUCUUAAAACAAUAAAACUCCAAAAACAUUUUGCUUCUUAACACCCUCCUUAAGGUAAAAAAACUUGUGGAUAUCUUUUGUAUGUAACUUCAGUGACAGAUAGGUGCAUGUGGUUAGGGUAAAUUAUUUUUUGUUAUAAGAAUUAUAUGCCUAGUGUGCAAUGGUGAGAGCUCACCGGGACGUGGGGUUCAAAGCAGCCUCUUCACAUUUGCGGAUGAAGGUUUGCCUCAGUUUAUUUCUUCUCCAAAUGUCAUUUGGGUUUUUUCUUUCCUAAAUCACACAUAUGGAAGCGUCUGGCACUGGUUAUGUCCUUUUACGUAGGUGAUAAGAAUAGCCUACCUUAAUUUAUAACUUUAAAUACCACGCGACCAUGUAUUUUUUCCUAUGGAUGAGAUAGCUGAUAACCAUUAGCCACAACAAAAGGGAUAUGGCUAGGUUGAACUCUUUGGAAUCUAGCAUAUGUAGCAGGACUUGAUAUUUCCAGAUAUGAUGAUAGAGAGAGGGUUGGGAAACUACGCUAGUGCCAUAGUCCACUCAAGUCUGCCUAUUCAGUAAGGAUAUUUUAGAUGCGAGGAUGACUAUUUUUUUUUAAUCCAACCUUUUCUUAUGAAAGAGAG